AACCCACAACCACCACCAACCGUCAACAGACUUACAGACCCUUUCUGUAUUUCUACUCAUCCCCCCACCCACUUUUUGCAACAUUCUAAAUGGCUCGUACCAAGCAAACUGCCCGAAAGUCCACCGGUGGCAAGGCCCCUCGUAAACAACUUGCAUCUAAGGCUGCGAGGAAGACUGCACCUGCGACCGCAGCUGGUGGAGUCAAGAAGCCUCAUCGUUUUCGUCCCGGUACCGUUGCUCUGCGUGAAAUCAGACGUUACCAGAAGUCCACAGAACUCCUGAUCAGGAAGCUACCUUUCCAACGUCUUGUUCGUGAGAUUGCACAAGACUUCAAGACCGACCUCCGAUUCCAAUCAUCGGCUGUUAUGGCCCUUCAGGAGGCUGCAGAGGCUUACCUUGUCUCAUUGUUCGAGGACACUAAUCUCGCUGCUAUCCACGCUAAGCGUGUCACUAUUCAACCUAAAGACUUGGCCCUUGCCCGUCGUCUCCGUGGAGAGCGAUCAUAAGCGGUGUAUCAUGUUUGUUUUGUAUUUUUACUGUUUAGUACCCAUAAAUGUAUCAUCAAAAUACUUCACCUCAUGAUGAGAACGAUGAAUAAUAACAUGAGCCUAUCACUACUG